AUGACCGGAAUGCUUCGAGUGAGAGGAUUUGAAUUAUAACUUCCAGUUUUGGACAUAAUGACCACGUCAUCAUUUUUUUAUACUUUCCACACAUGAUGUGAUAAAGUUCUUUUUGUGUUCUUUUUGUAUAAAGUAGCGUUUCAAUGAUUAAAGGAAAAAUGUACAAAUGCGACAGAAGCUAUGAUGAUUUCAAAUUUGCCUGGCUUCGACUCCCACAUGCUCAAUCUAUUAUAAUAAUCCAGACUUCUGCUUGGAUGUUCCACAUCAUUUUUGGAUGAGCUGUUCCUGACAAAAAUGUGAAGCAUUAUCUCAAGCAAAACUCCAUGAGGACUGCAUUUCUAAAUAUGCACUUUUACAAUUAUGGAAGUGAAUGACACCAUUUUUACUGGCAAUGAAUUGUAAAAUCAGCUGAAAACAUGAAUGCUUUGACUUAAGAGAAUUUUUGAGGUCCUAACAUGCAGUCGUUAUUUGGGCCCAAUGUGCCCAGGAAAUCUAACUGCAAUGGCUUGAGAGCCGUCCUUGGUUUGUUAUUUGGAAUACUUUUUGCACGAGUGUCAUCUUGUCCGAGCGGCUGCCAUUGUACGGAAAAGAGCGGCACAACAGUAGUCAGAUGCGUGUCUCGGAACUUGGAGAAGAUCCCAUCAGACCUACCGAGAGAUACCGUUGCUCUAAUAUUGGCGUCCAAUCAUAUCACCAAGAUCCCAAAUCACGCUUUCAGAGAGCUAAACUACCUUCAGGAAUUGGACCUUUCCAACAAUGACAUCGAGACAGUGGAUGUUGCAGCGUUUCACGGUCUCUCUGACAGCCUACUGGUGCUCGAUCUUUCAAAUAAUCAGAUCCAAAGUGUCCCCAAGGAAGCUUUCGCCCAUCUCAGAGCCAAAAUCAACCUUUCUAACAACCCGUGGCACUGCGAAUGCAUAUUGCAGGAGGUUCUACGGGAGCUGAGGCUCGACCCGGAGUCGGUGAAAGACGUGGUGUGCCACACUGCCGUGCAGGAAGAGUACGCAGGCAGGUCGGUCAUCCAAGUUCUGGACUCAGGGAUCAACUUCUGCAACUUUCACCACAAGACGACUGAUGUCGCCAUGUUCAUUACCAUGUUCGGUUGGUUUACUAUGGUGAUAGGAUACGUCAUCUAUUACGUGAGACACAACCAGGAGGACGCAAGGAGGCAUCUGGAGUACCUCAAAUCGUUGCCCAGUAGCUCUCAAAUCACAAAAGAUUUAGACACUAUUAGCACUGUUCUUUAACAGGACACUUUUUCUGUUUGUCAAAAUAUGUGAGUUGUAGUGUUGUUGUUCAGAAGAUGGAAAUGUUUUUCUAAUUUUUUCAUACACGGUCAGUUAUGUUGAUUCUGUUUACAAACGAGGCCCAAUGACAAUUAAAAGAGAUUAGGACAGAGUUCUGUUCCUAUGACUGCAACGUAAACUGAAUUUGUACUCAAGCUUGAACGUGCCAUAGACCAACAAUUGGAAAGCUUAAGU